AUGACGGUACAUUUUUACAUCACUCAAGACAUAAGUAAUGGAUAUUUUCGACCGUUGUUUGAAAUCCACCGAAAAUGGUGUAAUUUUAUUACUAUGGAGAAAAUGUUUGGAUCCGCCAUGAGGCAGGGCAGACUGAAAAAGCCAUGUCCACAUCCCCCGAUCCGAUACAUAAGUACAGAACGGCCCCAUAUCUCCUACGUGAAUGACAAUUUCUUUGAAUAUAUAAAUGUAACGUCGAGAAGAUUUAACAGGAAAAAUCCAUUUUAUUAUGUAGAUAUACACUUCAAAAUAUUGUUUACUGUCGACAACAAUACUACAAUGAAUUUCUACUUAAGCCAAGACACUGGUAAUGGGUAUUUUCGGUUGUUAUUUGAAAUACAUAAGAAGUGGUGCAUUUUUCUCGCUAAGGAUGGCAUGUUUGGUAACGCUAUGAGACAAGGCAAACUGAAGAAGCCGUGCCCCCAUCCUCCGGACAUUUAUCGUUUGUACAACAUGAGCAUACCAGUUGAGAAUAUUCCCAGAAGUUUGCCGUAUUUCAAAGGCCGCAUAUACUGUAACGUGACUCAUAAUUCAGUGAAGGAACCUAUUUUCAGUGCAUAUAUAGAUAUGGAAUUGAAAGAAUAUAAAAAACAAUAA